AUGUGGACGUGGUGCGGCGGCCGGAGCCGGGGGCCGGAGCCGGAGCCGGGGGCCGGAGCCAGAGAGAGGGCUUCUUUCGCCUCAGCGUUCCGCCCUCGUCUACUCUCCUAUGCACUUUGGUUCCUUCAAGCUGUGAGAAAUUCCCAAAAAGAAAUCAGAGACUGGAGGGGCUUGCCUUCCCCAUACUCUUUACAAAGUGGAUUGGAAGGGAAUGCACAUGGACUUAGCACAGGAGGAGGAUGUAGAAGAGAAGGCCUGCACCUGGUCCUGAAGAUGGUCCUGGUCCUGGUCCUUAACCUGAACCUGGUCCUCCAAACCAGUCUCCCUCCGCUCCUCUGCAGCAGUCGUAAACCCAGGACUGAGGCUGUAGAAAUUGAUUUGAAGAUGAGGAGUGGGCCCUCUCUGGUGUGGCCCCGGGCCCCUUCACUCGGCCCCAGCCUUACGGAACAUGGACCCUCAGAGACUUUGCUUUGGCUUUUGAACGGGGUCCACUCUCGCGAUAUCCCCAAACUCAUGGCAGAGCGGAGGAGUGUUUACAACUUGUGGAUCCGUCGCCACAUGCGCAGACACGCGCGUUCCCAAACUACACGUUUACACCUGAAUUUAACCAGCCGACCAGCUGAAAGCAGUGACUCCGUGAAGAGAACGCGAACGGCCCUGAUAAAGGCAAGACAACGACGCCAAAAGAGGUACGGUAACGUUGCAAAAGUUACGAGAGGUAUACAGCCAACGGAUGAAAUAAGCACAGGUAAAUUAAACAUCAAGUCAAUGCCCCUGAUGCAUAAAUUAAAUCAACAUAAAGCUCCAGCAAUUCUAUCACGCCGCAACGGACACAAAAUAACUAAUCACGGGGAUGAUGAUAAAAGCUCAUCAGAGGGUGACGAAGACACAGAGAAUCAGCCCUCAAGACAGAGCCGAGUGCUGGACCGUCCUCGGCCUCUGGACCGUUCUCGGCUCCGGGACCGUCCUCGGCUCCUGGACCGUCCUCGGCUCCUGGACCGUCCUCGGCUCCUGGACCGUCCUCUGCUGCUGGUUCUUCCUCUGCUGCCGGUCGUUCCCCUGCUGCUGCACCUACAGGUCCACAAAGGAAGAGAGCGAGGAAGCGCACCACCCAGGACACCUCCGCCCAGGAGCUAUCGCGCUUGGAGCUGGAGCUGA